UCUSUGGAGCAGCUGCCCGCUUCUCUGCUGGGGAGCGCGCGCGCGUGUGMCGUGCGCGCGGCGUCAUUCUAUAUGAACGAACAACACAAACCUUUGAAGUAGAGAGGACGAGCUGCGGGACUGAUUUCACCCUCCCCCGUUUUUCACUACAGGGCUUCACUUUUUUGGAAUAAACYUUUAAAUCUGCGCGGCGUUGUUUUGCUUGUUUCGGCGCCGACGCGCUCCACGUCUCCAUUUGGCACCAGAGCGGAUCUGUCACUGACGGGGUGCCCGGAGCUGUCAGAGUCAUGCCGGCUGGGUUUCAGCAGCUGGAAGGAGAGGCGGUGACUGGAACCCUCGCUCUGUCAGUCUUCACCGCUGUUCUGGGAUCUUUGACGUUUGGAUACAACAUCGGCGUCAUCAAUGCACCUCAGAAGAUCAUCGAGGCAGACUACAAUGCAACAUGGGUGCAUCGGUACGGAGAACCCAUCCCCACAGGGACCCUGACCUCCCUCUGGUCGCUGUCUGUAGCCAUCUUCUCCAUCGGGGGCAUGUUCUCCUCCUUCUGUGUGGGUUUUAUCUCCGAGUGGUUGGGACGGAGGAAAGCGAUGCUUGCAAACAACUUUUUGGCCUUUGUUGCUGGAAGUCUGAUGGGAAUGUCUAAGCUGUGUCGCUCCUUUGAAAUGAUGAUCAUGGGGCGCUUCGUCAUUGGUGCUUACUGCGGGCUGGCGUCUGGUUUAACGCCGAUGUACGUGGGUGAGAUCGCACCUACGAGUCUUCGGGGCGCUCUUGGGACGCUGCACCAACUGGCUAUAGUCACCGGCAUCCUCAUAGCACAGAUUCUGGGUCUGGAGUCGUUGCUGGGCAGUGAAGACUUGUGGCCGGUUCUGCUGGGUUUAACUGUUGUUCCGACCGUUCUUCAGAUGGGUCUGCUUCCCUUCUGCCCAGAGAGCCCUCGAUUCCUCUACAUCAUCCGGUGUCAGGAGCACCAAGCCAAGAGAGGCUUGAGAAGGUUAACGGGCCGACAGGAGGUGGGUAACAUACUGGCGGAGAUGAAGGAGGAGAAGAGGAGGAUGGACAUGGAAAGGAAGGUGUCGAUUGCUGAACUCUUCCGGUCCUCUCUUUACCGCCAGCCAAUCAUCAUCUCCAUCCUGCUGCAGCUCUCGCAGCAGCUCUCUGGAGUCAACGCGAUUUUCUAUUACUCCACCAGUAUCUUCAUGAAGGCAGGAGUCCAGAGUCCGGUCUACGCCACCAUAGGAGCAGGAGUGGUGAACUGUGCCUUCACCGUGGUCUCGCUUUUCCUUGUGGAGAGGAUGGGUCGUCGGACACUUCACAUGUUGGGACUAGGAGGGAUGUGUAUUUGUGCCAUCAUUAUGACCACAGCACUGGCUUUACUGGACAAGGUUGCGUGGAUGAGCUACAUUAGCAUGCUAGCAAUAUUUGGCUUUGUGGCCUUCUUUGAGGUGGGUCCAGGUCCCAUUCCGUGGUUCUUCGUAGCCGAGCUGUUUUCUCAAGGUCCAAGGCCAGCUGCCAUGGCUGUGGCGGGCUGCUCCAACUGGACGGCCAACUUCAUCAUUGGCAUGGGCUUCCAAUACGUUGCGGAUCUCUGCGGCCCGUACGUCUUCCUGAUCUUUGCGGCGCUCCUCCUCUUCUUCCUCAUCUACACGUUCUUCCGCGUGCCGGAGACCCGGGGAAAGACCUUCGACCAGAUUGCGGCCAACUUUAAUCAGCACUCCCUGGGAGGGAUGCUGGACAUGAAUAUGGACAUGGAUGUGGACAAGCCCUGUACGGAGCUGGAUUAUUUAGGGGACGAUGGCAUGAACUGAAGAAGUGCAGAUCAAAAAAUACGAACUGAACUGGAGUACGARCUGGAGUUUGUCUAUGGGCUCUCACUCAAAACUUUUCUUUCCUGACGUGUUUUCAGAUCUGUAACUGUACUCGUAUAUGUUGUGGUGCUGGAGCAGUGUGUGGAGUGUGUGAGACGUGUUUGGCUGGUACCACGGCAGUUGAUUAUCAGUGGGUUUGUGAUCGACUGCUGUACUUUUAACAAAUAUGAGCUGUUGAGGCCUUGA